UUUUUAGUAGAGACGGGGUUUCACCAUUAGCUAGGAUGGUCUCGAUCUCCUGACUUCGUGAUCUGCCUGCCUUGGCCUCCCAAAGUGUUGGCAUUACAAGCAGGAACCACUGCGCCUGGCCGUUUACUACUCUAUACUUAGUACCUCGAAAUCAAUAAAUAUUUGUGGGAUGAGUGAAGAAUAUAUGGGUACAUAUAUUCAUGAGUUAUUCAACCCUUCCCCUGUUAGUGGAUAUUUAGUAUGCUCUGAUUUGUAUCUUUUAAAAUUGUGUCACAGUGAUCAUUCUUGUACUUAUGUCUUUGAACAUUUAUGGGUGUAUUUUUACAGUCUAGAGCCCUAAAAGUGGAAUUGCUUGGUCACAGGGGGUUUAAAUUGUAUAGUGGCAAUUGGUUGUCCCAUUUUUAUUUCAAUCUGUACUCCCACUAAUGGUGUUUUGGUGCUCUUUCCCCUAUUAACUUGCCUACAACGUUAUCUAUUACCAAUCCCUUAUUUUUCUGUCUCUUAAAAUUAAUGUUGAAAUUUUUAUCAAAAUAAUACUUGGACAUUGCUUUAAAAUAGGGAACAUAGGGCCGGGCACAGUGGCUUGUGCCUAUAAUCCCAGCACUUUCAGAGGCUGAGGUGGAAGGCGUGCUUGAGGCCAGGAAUUCAAGACUAGCCUAGGUAAUAUAUUUAAAAAAAAAAAAAAAUAGGGAGCAUAAAGUCUUGUAAUAAAAAAUAGAGGCAAACUUUCUUGUUGAUAGUAGCUACUUUUAAUAUUUCUAAACAUGUUUAUACCAUUGUUAUUGAUCAACUUUAAAUAUUAUGCAUUGCCUUCCUAUUUUGAUAGUUGAGGAUUUAGACAUCUUAAACUCCUCAUUUACCUUUUUCCACUCUUUGACUAUGGUUACAUCCCUACUUUUAGUGAAAUCAAUAAUAAAUAUUUAGUGACAACUAUUCAUCUGCAGAGCCAGGUGGUAGUCUGUGACUACAUUUCCUUUCUUAUGUUGUUUUUUUUUAAAGUUAUAUUACCUAGUUUUUUUCACCUGCAUCCCUUUUAGUACAAAUUAUUGCUAAGUGGAUCAUCUUUUCUCUUAGUCUCUAUAUUUUCAUAAAACAAAAAAUGUAAAUCCUUUUCCACAACAUCUGUACAGCUUGGUACAGUUCUGAAGGGCAAAAGAAUUCGGAAACUAAACUUGAAUUCUGCUCUUGAGUUUUCUGAGAAGCUUGACCUCUGGCAAGCAGCCCUGCUUCAUCUUUCUCUGCCUUAUUUACUCAUUUAUAAAAAUAGGAUUGGGUUUGGACUGACUGGUCUCUGAUUCCUUUCAGUUCUGCCAUUCUGGGUUUUUUGGUUCCUGUUGAAUCUUAAUUGUAUCACUUAAAAAGCUAGCUUGUGGGGAAAGUGCAUUUUACAACUUGGAAAAGAAAAAGGCUUGGGUGAGGAAGACAAGAUAAUCUUAUAGAAGCUUGAAGGGCUGCUUAAUAGAGAAUAAUUAGGCUUGUUUCACAUGAUUCAAAACUAAUACCCGUUGUAGAACGGAAGGUGCUCUUGAUUCAGCAUUAAUGGACACAUUCCUAACAGCUAUCCCCUGUCCAACAUUGAAGUAGGCCACCUUAAGUGGUGGGCAUUUCCUAACACUGAAAGAACAGAGGUCAAGAUAGAUAGGCAAAAUGAUGCUUUAGAGACAGGUUGAAGUUAUUUAAGCCCCAGCCAGCCAGGGAUAGUACUGGAUGACUAACCGUCUGGCCUCCUAUGGGUGGAAAUUAUGGCAUGAUAAGGUUGUUAAAAUAAUUUUUAAAAACCUAUUAUGGUGUGACUCAGUGGUCAUGACUUUAACCAAAUUAUAAUAAUGAUGAUUCAUACACUUUUUUUUAAAUCUGCAUUUUUUUUUUUAAGUACGUAAGUACUGUUCUCAGUUUUGAAAAUGUUACUCCUCUAAGUCUUGUGUAGCUCUUGAUGAUUCAUCUGGGAAAGCAACCCUUUUCUUCUUUUUGAGUGAUCUUUGAAUGCUUGACACUUUCCCUUAAACUAAGCUGGGAACUUUGAGUUUGAGUUCUUAGGUCCUGUUAAGAUACACAGCUAAAUUUGUCAUUGACUAUGUGGGUGUGUUGCCAAGUUCUCUAGAGAUGUUUCCCAGUCUGGGCAAUUUUGAUAGUGUUAUUUUCUUACAGUUUCUGCUGUGAAGCAGUCUGAAGAAAUAAAAGAUAUGUAUAAGAGUAAGUCCUUGGGGAAAAAAGCAUUCUUACUACUUUUAUUAAAUUAUGGUGCUCUCAUUCCCAAUUCCUGAGGUAGAAUUUUAGUCAUCUUAGCAUCUGAGUGAGGAGGUCAUGUGUGUGUUUACAUUUUCUGAACUACCUCAGAUCUCCUUUAACCACUGGGUGUCUUGUUCCUGCUGAAUUGUACUGUACAGUAGACUCCACUGUACUAGUGGAUGCAUCAGUUUAUGGUAGGAUUUCUUGAUCUUAGCUCUGUUGACAAUUGGGGUUGGAUAAUUCUUUGUUGUGGAGAACUGUUUUGUGUAUUGUAGGAUGUUUAGUAGCAUCCCUGGCCUCUUCCUACUAGGUGCCAUUAGCUCCCCCACCCUUGUGGCACCUAAAAAUAUCUCCAGGACACUGGCAAAGUCCCCUGGGGUGAUAAACUGUCCCUCUCGAGAAGCAGAGACUUAACGCCGCCCAGCUGGCCCUCUGCCAUGGUUAAGGUCUUCCUGCUCUUGUCUGGUUUCUCCAUGUUCCCAGCCUUCUUCACAGCCUCCUCUUACCUGACUGUGCUCUGCUCAGCUAAUUAGGCAGAAAGUUGCCAAGUAGAAGGUGGAAUCAGCGGGGAAUAGGGCAGAACUGGAGCCGGGUGUGGUCCUGGAUAGUGGCUGAGCUCUGCAGCACACAGAUGGGUGUGUUUUUUGGUAGUAGCUAAGAUUAGACUGCUAACGCAAAUGUUCUUUGACGUGAAAAUAAACUGACAAUACGACUGGUGGUCCUAGUGCACAACACUUAGCAGCUUGAAAUCCAUGGCCCAAAAUGACUCUACCAGUGGAGACUCUCCUCUGUGAAGAAGACGACCAGAUAGGAGGCUGGGAUGAGCAUGCCACUGUAUCAGAUCUCUGCCAUUCCAUCCCAGGAUGCCACCUCUGCUAGAGUCUACAGAAGUAAGACCAAAGAAAAGGAGAGGGAGGAACAGAAUGAGAAGACUUUGGGACAUUCCAUGAGUCAUUCAAGCAACAUUUCUAAGGCUGGGAGUCCUACAUCAGCAUCAGCUCUGGCUCCGGUGUCUACCUUCUCUCGCACUUCUAUCACGCCGUCCAGCCAGGACAUCUGCAGUUCCAGUGCAGUGUUUUCUGAGUGUUGUCACCACAGUUCCGUGCAGUCUGCUGUUGUCUUGAAAGCUCCUCACUGCCAGAGUUCUCUGACACAAGGGCUCACUGUGACAGUUAUCUGUAAGGACACAUUACAGGCGUCAAAGAGAAAUUCCUUUGGUUCAGAAUGGGUCCAGGCCUUGAGGCCUGCUAAGAAUACCAAAGCCAGAAGAACACUAAAGUUCUCAAGAUCCCUCAGUGAUGUGGGUGAGAAGGCGCAGGAUACUUCGGAAAGUUUUGCUUAUGUGGAAAGAACUUGUUCGGAAGGAAAAUUAAUAUUCCCUCAAGAUUCGUGUCUCAGAACCAGCAGCUACCUUCAUAAAGAAAAAAGAACCCUGAACUACAAACCUCUUGGCAAUUCCAAACAUUCUUGUGUUUCAUGCCUUUCUGCCAGUCACUCAGCUGCCUCAGAGGUGGAAGCUGGCCAGGGGGGCAGGCCUGGCCUGCUGCUGGAAGAGAAGGCAGAUGGCGAGGCCACAUCCCGAAGCCAGCGACUGCUCCGGUACCUGUUCUCACUCUCGCAUGGCUCGAGCGCCAGCAGCCUGCACAGGUUCCACGAGCUGGAGAGCUGCACCGCUCGCCUGCACACUGCCAAGUCUUCCAGUGGGCUGGCAGGGAGCACGGGCUUCUGCUCUGACGACAUGGGAGAUGACGACGUCUUUGAGGACAGCACAUCUGCAAAAUUGAAGAGUAGGGUUCUGCGGGCUCCCCUCUGCUCCACAGAAAAGGACAGUGACCUGGAUUGUCCUUCUCCCCUCUCUGAAAAAUUAGCCCCCAUAUCUCCCGUGUCCACAUCAGGGGAUGCCUGCAGGAUCUGCCACUGUGAAGGAGACGACGAGAGCCCCCUCAUUACCCCCUGCCGCUGCACAGGAAGCCUCCACUUCGUGCACCAGGCCUGCCUGCAGCAGUGGAUCAAGAGCUCCGACACGCGCUGCUGCGAGCUCUGCAAGUACGAGUUUGUCAUGGAGACCAAGCUGAAGCCGCUGAGAAAAUGGGAGAAGUUGCAGAUGACGGCCAGCGAGCGCAGGAAGAUUAUGUGCUCAGUGACAUUCCACGUCAUCGCCAUCACAUGUGUGGUCUGGUCCUUGUAUGUGCUUAUUGACCGUACUGCCGAGGAGAUCAAGCAGGGGCAGGCAACAGGAAUCCUGGAAUGGCCCUUUUGGACUAAAUUGGUAGUUGUGGCCAUCGGCUUCACUGGAGGACUUCUUUUUAUGUAUGUUCAGUGUAAAGUAUACGUGCAAUUGUGGAAGAGACUCAAGGCCUAUAAUAGAGUGAUCUAUGUUCAAAACUGUCCAGAAACAAGCAAAAAGAAUAUUUUUGAAAAAUCUGCACUAACAGAGCCCAACUUUGAAAAUAAAGAUGGACGUGGAAUCUGUCAUUCCGACACAAACUCUUGUUGCACAGAGCCUGAAGACACUGGACCAGAAAUCAUUCAUGUCUGAUUGUGUGCGGGUUGUCAUUUUCCUGGACAUCCAUGAAGAGCCGAAGGAAAUUGUUUACUGCCAAUUUGUGUACCUUUCUUAUGUCCCUUAAUAGCAUAGACUGGGCAGGUGACUAUUUAUAGUGGCUUCUCUUUUUCUAAAUCCUCCUUAGUUUCCUAGAAAGCCCUCUUGUGGGCUGGGCAUGCCUGGGUCCUGCCUCUGCCAGGCAGCUCUGUGGGAAGGGAAGGUGGAAGGCCCCAUGAUGACACGAUGGGGAGCCAGCGGAGUUCCUGCUCAUGGUAUUGCGCAGAAUGAGAGAAUAAAAUGCCAAUUCAAGGGAAGAGCAGGAGCAGGGGCACCCAGGCCCUGAUAUGCAGCUGCCUCCAGCUUACAUUGGUCCCCACCCUGGAACAGAGCUUGGGGAAUGUCUAGCCAUGCUGAAAGAUUCCCUCCAUACCACGGAGAGCCCCAGGAGGCGGUACUGAAACAGGCCCCCAAACACAGACUCCGGCCCACCCUCUGCCAGUGCUGCCUCCUCCAUGCUCUUGAGCAGAUGGGGCCGUGGUGCUCUGUGGUGGCACAUGAUUCACUGAGCAAACAGCACUUUACAGAAGAGAAUCUUUAUUUUGUAAUAUGUGUGUCCAGUGGGAUUGACACUCAAAAAAAAAGUCUCACUUGUAAAUCUUCCCUUCCUUACCUUUGUUAUCUCCUUUACAUCAUGAGAGAUCAAAAACCCACUUUGCCUUAUAUAUGCUAAGAAGCAUGGCAUUCGUCCUGUUCAUAAAACAGACUCAUGACUUUAAGACAGGACAAACAGGCCGGAUGCUUUUUUAUCACAGAUCUCAUGGAAAUUAAUGGAUUCUUAAUGGCAGUUAAAGCAUAGUUUCUAUGCUUUUGAGCCUGUUUUAUGACAAGGUGUUAUUUCAUAGACCUGACCCGUACAUUUGUUUUUGUCAACACUGAAAAAGAAGAGUUUUUGAGAUCUAAAUGGAAGGAAAGGAAGUGAGUAAUACAACAAAACUGAAUAUUUAAAAAAUACUGCUUUAUGGUUAAAUCUCUCCAGUUGGUGCUGGCUUCACAUUGAAAGAGCAGCCAUGUGCCACCCCGGCUGGGGUGUGUGCACUGCAGGUUCUCCCAUGCACACAAGAUGGGUACUGGCUCACUGUGAGGCUUCUGCUCAUGGAGGUUCUGUGGAGUCACUGCCAGGGCCAUGAGGCAGGCAGGCUGGCUCUGGGAUGAGGGUCAGGUGUGAGCACACUGCCAGGGUCUGCUGUGCCACUGCUCCCCGGCCAUACACCCGCCCAGCUGUCGCCUUAACCAGACUGAACAGGAUCCUUUGGGACCCUUGGUCCCACUUUCGGUCCAUUCUGUCAUCAGGGAUUACUACCUGUACCAUUUUCAUAAAACCAAAUCACUACCAUCAGAUGGCCUUGUCUCUCUAAAAAUCUGCUUAAAAUUCUGUUUUUCAAACCCAGUUUCCUAGUGCCAGGCAAAUAGUUACCUCCGGGAAAGUUGCCGGGGUGCCUGAAACACAAUAUAAGUAAUCCAGAUGCUUUCUCUCCAGGAUACUCUCUCACCCAGCCUGCAGGGAGGAGGUGGGAGAUGCUGGGGGUCCUGCCUCAGUCUGGGCCUUAGGCACUUUGUUUGCCCUGCACUUUGUUGCUACUAAGGGGAUGAAGCAAAAACAAGAUGAUUUAUUUGCCUUUCAGAGUGGAAGUCCUAGAGUUUGUUUUGAAGGUCAGAAGGCUGAAGGAUCUCUGAGCUACGGUGUGGGCUUAAUGGCAGUAGGCUUUGCCCUCCUGUCUCCUUCAAGCCGGUGUCUGAUUCCUUGGCAACACAGGUCUUAGUCUGUGGAGUGGAUCUGCUGUAGCCCUCCUCUGGCUAGGCAGGCACUGUCUAGCCAUAGCCAGCUCCUGAAAACAGGUCAGCCGUCCCUCUCUGUCUCCCAGGUCACAUCCAGCCCGUGCCUGUGUUAACUGUACCCCGAAGUGCAAUUACCCAUACCGCUUCUCAGCCUGGGGACCCCAGGCAACCACAGACUGUCCACUCAGGAGAGCUGAAUCCCAGGUCAGCCCUGCCAGUGUCCCUAAGGAACUGCUCAGGCAAGGCCCCUGAUUUUGUAGACUCAUUCCUGCCACCCUCCAACAGUACCAGGUUAGAUUUUCUAAGUGUGAAUCCCUACUUCAUAUAUGGAAUCCCUUAUGCUGAACUUGAAAAGCACCAAGACUUCCUGUAGACAGGAGAGUGCUUAGGUAGGGACAGCCCCUGGGCAGCCCACCCAGUGUGGCUGGCACCCCACUAUGGCAAAGGUGCCUUUAUAACUGAGCCCUGUAUCCCUCCCAUGCCCAACCAGAUUCUCAUGGGAAGCCCUCUCCCUUUUCUGCCUAAUACCAUCUCAUCAUCUCUGGCCUCACUGUGGACAAUCUGCACACAUUCUUAUUUCCCCUCCUAGCAGGACACAGAGCUACCCUCUUGUCUUUUUUCCUUGAAGGUUCUGGUUCUAGUUCAGCUCCUGAUUCAUCAGACCCUCCUAGCCCCCUGCAUCUAGCAGUGAAGCACGAAGCCUGGCAGGGGUAUGGUACUCCCAUCUGGUGUGGGCACCAGCUCUGCCAGUGCUCCUGUAGCCUGGGUAAACUUGCUCCCUUAAUUCUUUUGGGGCUGUGUUUUCCCCAGCAUCUCCCUGCUUCAUGCCCCCUAUUUUGCACCCGGCUUUAGUGAAAGGAUAGCAUUUGGUUGACCCAUAUAGAAGCCCAGAAUGAGGUCUCAGGGCCAAGGAAGGGGAAGAGGCAAGUGGUCUGGGGCAUCACCAGCCAGCCCUCUCUGAUUUGGCCUCUAUUCCCCAUAAGUCACAGUACCACAUGCAGACUUUUGGCCUCAGCAAUUUGGUUUUUGUGCCCAAGUUUAUUGUAAGAAUUUCCGGAAAACCCUAUAAAGGUAUCUUCCUACUCUAGGCCUCUAAUGUUUCUCCCCAUUUUGCUUCAGUCCAUUCUUCAAACAUGUAGGCCUAGUUUUCAAACCUGCACAUGUGUCCUACCUGGCCAUAGGUAUGCCGGCCUCCAGCAGCUGGGCCAGUUUGGGAGCCUCAGUUGAUGCCUGCACGAUCCGGGGCUGCCUUUGCAUCCCUGUUGUGGGCUACAGGGCUGGAGAAGGGCUGGGACCAACCUGGUGAGAUCCAUGAGGCUGUGGAUGUGGCUGGAGGCAAAUACACAUUUAAAGUACUUUGCCUUUUGAAGUGCUUUCCCUUUUGAAUCUGGCUUGAAACAUGCAGCUUCCACCUCUAGCCCAAGGAAAGACCAAAACAUAGGGAAAUAAAAGCAUUUCUCUUUGUCUUAGAAAGUAAUUGUUGAAGUUGUGCAGUUGAUCAAUGCACAGUUAGAUACAAUGUUUAUGGAAAUUGAUCGUUAAACCAAAUUUACACUGGCUUGUGUGGUGUAGUUUCUAAAAGGCACUUCACAUUUCAAAUUUUUCUUAGAAAGUUUCUAGUAAUCUAAAUGUCUAGUUUUGUAUUCUUUUGUGUAUGUUCACUGUUUCUCAGUAUUACCACUUGAAUAAUUCUCUGUAAAGGGGGGUUUGUGCUAUACACUGGGAUGUCUAAUUGCAGCAAUAAAGGCUUUCUUUAAAAAGGA